GAGUAUAGAAAAGAAGGUUAAUGUAGCUGCGUUUUUCUGUUUCGCUUAGCUGUCCCCAUUAUAUAUGCCGCAAAACAGAGGCUUCAGGCUAAAACUGGCUAAAAAUAUCGUCCUGUAGAUGCAGGCGUCCGGUUCUUGCAGUUUGAGGCGUUACGCGCUAAGGGAGCGUCUUUAAAGGGAAGCAGAAAGGAUGCCUGGUGCAGAAACCAGUCAUGCUCAUCGCGUUCUUUCCUCCCUGAACCAGCAGAGGGCAGCAGGGAGAUUCUGUGAUGCUGUGCUUAACUUGGGAGAUGGGGUGCUUUACCAGGCUCACUGCAACGUCCUAGCCUGCUUCAGUGAUCUAUUUAAAGUGUCCGUCUCAAAUCCCACUCAACACACAGAGUUUGAACUGCAGGGUUGCCCCAGCGAUGGCCUAGAGCUGCUUCUGACCUUCGUCUACAGUGGAGAACUGAAGCUGGACGUAGACAACCUGCAGAAAGUGCAGCAAGCAGCAACCAGCCUAUGUGUGCCUGAAGCCCUCACCCUCUGUCAGCAGUUCCAAGUAAACUCUGGAAACUCUGUCACUUUGAAACGGAAAAGAGGUCGACCCAAAAAAGGUCAGACAGAUGCUGCCAAGGAGGAGAACUCUCUGAUGGACCCGGCAGAAGAGUCCAGUUCUGCAGGCAGUUUUAGAUUAGUGGAUGCUACUGUUGCUCCCACAACCACCACCACACGCUCUGGUCGAGUAGUGAAGGGCCCUAAGAGGCUGGUCACCGCUGAUACCAGCCCCACAUUGGACCCCAAAGCUGUUCUCACUCCUGUGGAGAAGGAGACGUCUGAAGGUGGUGUUGAAAAUGUAAAAUCAGAUCAACCAGCCGCUGAGUCUGAGGUAGUAGAACUGAAGAUCAACACAGAUCCUGGUUGCCAGGAAGCAGAUGAAACUGCAGCCGAGGUGGGAGAGGCAGGAGAUGAUGACGGGGGUGAACUUGAAGGUAUUGUUGAUGACACAGAUGAGGAGUAUUUUCCUCCGGCUGAGUCCGGCUCUGCAACGCCGCCUGCAUCUACAGCACAGAAACGGAAACUCCAGAGUAAAACAAACAACGGCAAGAAUAAUGAUGGCGUAGAGGAGUGCUCCUACAAAGGCUCAGCGCAGUGCCCUGUCUGCAUGAAAUCCUUUAAAAGCAAAUAUUACCUCAAAGUCCACAACAGGUACAAAGUUAAUAUGGUUAUUUUCCAGGGAGUCUUGUCAAGUGAAUAUCCUCUUACUUUUGUUUUCUGCAGGAGACAUACAGGGGAGAAACCCUUUGCUUGUUCUAAGUGUGGAAAGAGGUAUUUCAGGAAGGAGAAUUUGUCUGUGCACGAGAGCAGAGGCUGCGCUAGAGUGUCAACGUACAUCUGCUCCACAUGCUCCUUGAGCUUCAACACAAAGGAAGAGCUGCGAGUGCAUGUCGUCUCCCACACAGGAGAGAUGCCACACAAGUGUUCGACAUGUAACGAACAGUUCAUGUACAAGAAGAACUUGACGAUGCACCUGAUGAAAGUCCAUGGGCAUCCCAAACCACAUGCAUGUCCACAGUGCCCCAAAACCUUCCUAACUCGGACCGAGCUGCGAGUCCACGAAGCAGCCAAGCAUCGAGGUGAAAAGCCAUUUGUGUGUGAGGAGUGCGGUCAUCGAGCUUCCAGUCGAAAUGGCCUGCAGAUGCACAUCAAAGCCAUUCACAGGAACGAGCGUCCCUUUGUGUGUAACAUAUGUGGCCACGCCUUCUCCCAGAAGAACAACCUCAGCAUGCAUCUCCGUGUGCACAGUGGCGAAAGGCCUUACCAGUGUCACCUCUGUGGGAAAACUUUUAGGACGCAAGCGAGUCUGGAUAAGCACCACCGUACACACACCGGUGAGCGACCCUACGGCUGUGAUGUCUGCGAUUGGCGCUUCACCGAGAAGGGUGCUUUGCUCCGACACAAGGCCAGCAAGCACGAGGAGGGCCGGCCGCACUGCUGUUACAUGUGUAACAAAACAUUCAAAGCGCUGCAGCAACUGCGUGUCCACCUGCAGCGCCACAGAGGCAUGAGGAAGUUUGAGUGCGCUGACUGCGGGUACAAGUUCACCCGUCAGGCACAUCUACGACGACACGUUCAGAUCCACAAACGCACAGAGAACUACAAUCCCAGACAGAGGAAGCUCAGAAACCUCAUCGUGCAGGAAACCGACGGAAAUCCUGAUGAGAGCAAAGCCACUCAAUCUACCGAGGCUCAUGUCACCGAGUGCAGCUCAGAGCCGGCUGCCAGCCAGCAAGCCGCCAACGACUCAACUCCAGGCGUCGGGACCUGUCAGGACACCGUGAUGGAAGAGGUGACAUCCAAUGAGGAGAGGGAGCGCAGUGAGACGAGGGAGACUUUCACCGAGCUGCACCAAACUCAGCUAGUUAGCGAGACGUUUGAGUCGAGAAUAGACAUGGAGGAAUAGGUCUGUUAACACACACUCAGCCAGACUGAGUGUUGCAAAGGUUUAAAUACCAUGAAAAAUAUAGUGAAAGGGGAUGUGAGCCAAACCAGAAUCUGUUCAGUAAAAUUAAAGUACUGCAUGCAUGACCAGAUUGUUGGCCAAUAUUUUCAGGCUUAAGCAUUAUGACUUCAGUUACAAAUGAUGUAAAUCAUCAUGGAUGUAUCGCUGAGCAGACAUGUUUUUUACAUGUUAUUUGUACAUCAUUGAAACAAUUAAAUUCCACAUGAAAGCAAAAUUGAAAUUUAAUUAGUUUAAAUUUGUCAUGGACUUGUGUGAAAACUUUUCUAAUAAAACCCUGAAGAUUAUUGUAACAGCAAGGCAGAUGGUUUUUACUAUUUUAGUAAUUAGCUGUUUGAUAGAAUUCUUCAAAAUGUUUUUUGCUGAUGAACACCUUAUCCAUCUAAAGAAAAAUACAUACAACUCCUUUCUUUGUAUUGAUUCAAUUUCAAUGUUUUUGAGUGAUAGCUCAAUGCAAAGUAAAACAUAAUUGUGCUGCAGAAGGAAGAUAAUUUGUUUUUUUUUUUUUUUU